AUGCCUGCGCCGCGUAAUUUGGCCAAGCGUAAACGGGUGGAUUCAGGAAGUUAUGAUAAGAGGCAUGGUGGCUCGCGUCCACCACAUUUGCCAACAACUACAAUCAACCCGUUUAGCCGCUCUCCAGGGGAGAUACGUCAGUUUUCUCUCGCCGGGCUCAAAGACACCGACGAAGACCCAACACGUGAGGUUGAACACUUCCCUCACCGGGGGAUAAAGUAUGAAGCAUUUGAAUUGGGUACGUCUGAGGGAGAAGAGUAUGUGGCUGGAACAGUGGAAUCACAUCCCGCAGAGUUGAAGCAAAUGGCCAAAGACCACGGAAAACGAACUACCCAGAGACGAGAGAGGCCAGAAUUACCAAGAAAUCGAUUGGAUGUACUGCUGAGAUCUAUCCACCGAUUCCUCGAUAGAGGGGAAAUAACAAAAUCAGCAAGAUUGUUCAGUAUCAUUCUGCAGCUCCGCCCAGACAGCCGGCCACUUGAUAUUCGUCAACACAACUUAUGGGCAAUCGGAGCCGAAAUAAUCAUGAGACAAGGCGAGGACGUAGCUCUAUUUCGUCAAGGACCAGAAAGUCGUAACACCGAAAACAGUGAUGCGACGCCAGGAUUAGCAUCUGGACCAGCAAGCUACAGACACAUUCGCAUCCCGAGAAGAUGGGGUUCACCAGCCAAUGUCAACAAACUAAAGGCCUAUCUUGAGACCCUCAUAAAGAAACAUCCAUACGACCACAAAUUUCCUAGAAACACAUCGGCAUUAGAUUUUCAGCUUACAUUAUUUAGCUGUGAGUUAUACAGCUGCCAUGCCAUGUACUCCUCAGCAUGUUCAUCUAUUUGUAAUGAGUCAUUCGAGUGGACAGAGGUAUCGUCGCAAGAAGGAGGCCAGUACUCUGGAGGCGAGUAUGAGGAUCGGCUUGGAGCUGGGGUUGGGCUUGAGCAACCCUUUUCGCACACGCGACCACAGAAGCAAAGGAAACGUGGCAGGCUACAUGCAUACGACACUAUGAAAGAUGUUGCCAAGAGAAUGGACUCGCUUAUCAAUGAACUACCCUACUCGAAAAACGUUCUCUUCCUUCGACUGCGGGCGACAGUGUCCCUUUUCAUUGCCGACCUUCUGACUCCGGAAAUAGGCAACGCGAACGAGAUAUUCGCGGCUAAGGAGCUGGAGAAAGAAAUCGCCAGCAGCAUGUUGCAAAGGGUUAUGGAUAGUGGUGGGCAGACUGCCAUACCGUUGAUGGAUAUCAUUGGCCAGUGUGGAGGACUGGAUUUGGAAUCACAACGUCGCCGAUUCUAUGCAUCACUACCAAUUCGAGGCAGCUGA